AGAUCAUUUCACUAAAGCAGAUCAUAAACUAUUGUAAUGGCGUCUUGCUCUUAUCUCUGCACUCUUUUCUGUCGGAUAUCAUAAUGAAGGAGUGGCAUUUCUGCAAAUACGUCUUAUACUGAUGUGGGUUUGUGUACACAAGGAAUAAAAAUAUGUACCUGCCCACGAUCGGCGCCUUAAAACAGCAUAUGUUUUAUUAUCAUCAUCAUCAUCAUCAUCCUCGGUGACCCUCUUUGUUCUUUUGCCUAUUAAACUAAAAAGUUCCUUUCUUUCACGAAAAGCUUUUCCACCCUCCCCUCAACCUACCCAUUUCUCUGUUUUUGUUCUACUUCAUUUCAUAGAACAAAAUUAAUCUCAAAAGAUUAGAAAGUUUCGUUUAUUUUUUGUUCUCAUUUUUCUUUUCGCUGUUUUUGUGAUGAUGGGUAGGUUUCAGGGGAGAUUGUCUGCCUUUUUCAAUAACAGAUGGCUGGUGUUUGUGGCUGCAAUGUGGAUACAAUCGUGUGCUGGUGUUGGGUAUUUGUUUGGGAGUAUAUCACCAGUUAUAAAGAGCUCGUUGAACUAUAAUCAGAGGCAGCUUGCUAGUUUGGGUGUGGCUAAGGAUCUUGGGGAUAGUGUUGGGUUCUUGGCUGGGAGUUUUUCUGAAAUCUUGCCUCUGUGGGGUGCUUUGUUGGUUGGUGCUUUGCAGAAUUUUGUUGGAUAUGGAUGGGUUUGGCUUGUUGUUACUGGUAGAGCUCCUGUUUUGCCUUUGUGGGCUAUGUGCAUUCUUAUAUUUAUUGGGAACAAUGGCGAAACCUACUUCAAUACAGUUGCUCUGGUUUCUUGUGUACAAAACUUUCCCAAAAGCAGGGGUCCUGUGGUCGGAAUACUCAAAGGCUUUGCUGGUUUAAGUGGUGCUAUUUUGACCCAAAUAUAUACAAUGAUCCAUUCUCCUGACCAUGCAUCUCUCGUAUUCAUGGUUGCAGUAGGGCCAGCAAUGGUAGUCAUUGCUCUAAUGUUCAUUGUAAGACCUGUGGGAGGUCACAGACAAAUUAGACCAUCUGAUGGCACAAGCUCUACAUUUGUAUAUAGUGUGUGCCUUCUAUUGGCUGCUUAUUUGAUGGGGGUCAUGCUUCUUGAAGAUCUGGUUGAUGUGAGCCACACUGUUAUCAUAAUUUUUACAGUGGUUUUGUUUAUUCUCAUUUUGCUUCCCAUUGUCAUUCCUAUUUCAUUGAGUUUUUCCCGCGAACCUAAAGAUCCAGCAGAAGAGACUCUUUUACCUGAGCCACAGAAACAAGAAGCUGGAAAAUCUGAACCUGAUGUGCCUGAGGUAAUAUUCAGUGAGUUGGAAGAUGAGAAGCCUAAGGAAGUAGACUUGCUUCCAGCAUCAGAGAGGCAAAAGCGAAUUGCACAGUUGCAGGCAAAACUAUUCCAAGCAGCUGCGGAAGGAGCAGUGAGGGUCAGAAGAAGAAGAGGCCCACAUAGAGGUGAGGAUUUCACCUUGAUGCAGGCAUUGAUCAAGGCAGAUUUUUGGCUUAUUUUUGUGUCACUUUUAUUGGGUUCUGGAUCUGGGCUAACUGUGAUUGAUAAUCUGGGUCAAAUGAGUCAAUCUCUGGGUUAUGAUAAUACACAUAUAUUUGUGUCCAUGAUAAGCAUCUGGAACUUUCUCGGCCGUGUAGGCGGUGGUUUCUUUUCUGAGAUUAUUGUGAGGGACUAUGCUUAUCCAAGGGCAGUGGCAAUGGCUGUUUCACAACUUAUUAUGGCUGUUGGGCAUGUGUUCUUUGCUUUUGGGUGGCCUGGGGCAAUGUACAUUGGUACUUUACUGAUUGGCUUAGGCUAUGGAGCUCAUUGGGCAAUUGUGCCAGCUGCUGCAUCAGAGUUGUUUGGCUUGAAAAAAUUUGGGGCCUUGUACAAUUUCCUCACACUAGCAAAUCCUGCAGGUUCUCUUGUCUUCUCUGGUCUAAUUGCAAGCAGCAUUUACGACAGAGAAGCUGAAAGGCAAGCUCAAGAGCACCAUCACCACAAGUGGAAUGCAGGAUCAACCUUUUCUCGCUUUCAUCUGGAUGAACCACUGAAGUGUGAAGGUGCUGUAUGCUACUUCCUUAGUUCCAUGAUUAUGUCAGGCUUUUGCAUUAUUGCAGCUGUCUUGAGCAUGAUUCUUGUGCAUCGGACUAAGAUUGUCUAUGCAAACCUCUAUGGAAAAUCCCAUACAUGAUUUUGGGGAGAGAGCUAAACCAGGCUCUUAUUACUUUCUGCAUCCAUUUUGCAGUGGUGUUUGUAUACUCAAUCAAGGUUUUGAGAGAAAAUAUUCAUGUUUUUUUAGGGACAAAUUGCUAAAAAGACAGCAUACUCCAGAGAAACUCUCAUAUAAAGUUUCUGAUUUUGUUUAAUAUUUAUCUAAAAUAUUUGAGCCUGGGUGCAGCCAUUUAGUCACAGGAGAUUAUGCUUUGCAAUGUUUGAAAUGAUGUAUAUUUUUUCGUUCUAUUUGAACAAUCAAUUGAUGAUUUUAAGUA